AUGCAACCCCAACCAGGCGCUCCAGAUUAUCUCACAGCGUCUUCAGUUGGACGACUUCACUCGGAUUUCAUCUCUUCUCAAUGGAGUGCUGCUGCUAACUAUCGAUCGCUUAUACCAACUGGAUUCCAGACAUCUUCGGGACUUUUCGGCGCCUCCUACGGCGCUUUCCCCACAACAACCGGUGCCCAAUCAGCGUUGCACACAAAGAAUUUCAAUCUCUACAACGCGGCAGCCACCUAUUCAUCUAAAUGUUUA